AUGUCGUGUUCAUCAUCGUCUGGAUCAGAAGGAGAAGAAGAAGGUUUCGAUUCUUACCGUAAAGGUGGUUAUCACGCCGUUAGAAUCGGCGAUCCUUUUUCCGUUGGUCGUUACAUCGCCCAACGAAAGCUUGGUUGGGGUCAAUUCUCCACCGUCUGGCUCGCCUACGAUACUCGAACCUCUAAUUAUGUUGCUUUGAAGAUUCAGAAGAGUGCACAACAAUUUGCUCAAGCUGCACUUCAUGAAAUCGAAUUCCUUUCAGCUGCUGCUGAUGGAGAUCUCGAAAAUAACAAAUGUGUUGUUCGUCUGAUCGAUCAUUUCAAGCAUACAGGACCAAACGGGCAGCAUUUAUGUAUGGUGCUUGAGUUUCUCGGCGAUAGCUUGCUACGUUUAAUCAGAUACAACCGUUACAAAGGUCUGAAACUUGAUAAAGUCAGGGAGAUUUGCAGAUGUAUACUGACUGGUUUAGAUUAUUUACACCGUGAGCUCGGUAUGAUUCACUCUGACUUAAAACCUGAAAACAUUCUUCUUUGUUCCACCAUUGACCCUGCUAAAGAUCCCGUCAGAUCGGGACUAACCCCGGUAUUAGAGAAGCCUGAGGGGAAUGCAAAUGGCGGCGCAUCCACGACGAAUCUGAUUGAGAAAAAGUUAAAGAGGAGAGCGAAAAGAGCGGUUGCUAAAAUAUCAGAAAGAAGAGUUUCAAUGAUGGGUACUACAGGUGAAGAAACAUCUUCAAAGACGGCAAGAUGUGUUGAUGGGAUUGAUAUGAGAUGCAAAGUGGUUGACUUUGGUAACGCUUGUUGGGCUGAUAAACAGUUUGCGGAAGAGAUACAAACGAGACAGUAUCGAGCUCCUGAAGUAAUACUAAAGUCUGGAUACUCAUUCUCUGUUGAUAUGUGGUCUUUUGGUUGUACGGCUUUCGAGCUUGUCACAGGAGAUAUGCUAUUUGCUCCUAAUGAUGGAAUUGAUUAUGAAGAAGACGAGGACCACCUCGCUCAAAUGAUGGAACUCCUAGGAAAGAUGCCUCGAAAGAUUGCCAUUGGAGGAGCGAAAUCGAAAGACUAUUUUGACAGACACGGGGAUUUAAAGAGAAUCAGGCGGUUGAAAUAUAAGCAAUUCGAUCAGCAUCUGAUCGAUAAAUCCAAGCUUACGGAAGCAGAAGCAAAGGAGUUUGCGGAGUUUCUGAGACCGAUUCUGGAGUUUGCGCCAGAGAAACGACCAACUGCUCAACAAUGCUUGGAACAUCCAUGGAUGAAUGUAAGGACACAGAACAAUGCAGAUAAUGUAGAGGCCAAAAUGAACAACUUGCAGAUCAAAGGGUGA